ACGCGCCACCAAGGCCAAAGCCCACACCACCAGCUCCCCCAAUUUUCUCCACCCGAAAUCAGCUCCUUCUGGUAGUUUCGGUGCUCAAGCCAGGCACAUCUCUCCCCUCUCAUCAUCAUCGUCUCUCUCAUCCGUCUGCGAGGAGGGAAAAGAUUAUUAUAUCCUACUGCUGGAGGCUGGAGCGAGGAGGAAAAAGAAAAGGGAGGAAUUUUCGGGAAGCAUCUGGAGACAGCGCGGUCCGGUCCGGCCCGACGAGCGGAGCUAGCUAGCGAGCGAGCGAGCGACCAAGACUUCCCUGCGGCGGCGGCGGCCGCGACGCGAAGCACCGUUAAGAUCCAUCCACCCGCUUCUCUUAUUCCCCUCUUUUUGUCUGUUCGUUUGGUGAAGCGGAGCGCCGGUUUCAUCUGCCCGAGGUGGGAAUUCUCUCCGCUCCCGCUGCCUUCCUCGCGUCUUCACGUUUGGGGGACGGGGAGCCUUGGAUUCCCCCUGUUCUGGCUCUGAUCUACAGCUUCUUGAUAUCAGCAAGGAGUUGAUCAAGAACUGGGGAUCCUGAGUUGAAUAUGAUAUCAAAUCCUGUGGAUUGGUACAGUUUCGGACCCGGAUAGAAUUUGUAGGGAUGCCAGAUUGGAGGGUGGGCGAGUUUCAAGGUAAAUUCGCUGAUGACUUUGCCCAGAGUAAUAGAAAUGAACAUCAAAAUGGAGUUGAGGCUCCUGGUGUCACUAAUAGUAAGAAGUUGAAGCAUGCAGUAGCCAGUGAGAAAAUCAACCAGGGUGUCAUCUCUGGAACAAAUAACUCAGAUUCGCAGAAAUGUAAUUCGGAGCACAUCCAAUGUGCCAAUGGGAUAGUAUCCCAGAAUAUAAACAGUACUGGUGACUGCAAAGAUGGAUCAAAUGCUUUUACUUUGAGAGAGGAAAAUACAAUCGCCGAAACCAGAUGUCCAACAGAUAACUGGAACUCCUGUCAGUUUGGACUGAGCAAUGGUUCAUCCAUUCUCAAUAACCACAGUACUCCACAGGAUAACCUCGCUUAUGGAGAUAAUGAUUUAAACUAUAUCGAUUGGCCUGGCAUUGACAAUUUUGAGGAUGUCGACACAUUAUUCAGGAGGUCUGAUUCUACAUAUGGUCAGCAGCAGCUGGAGGACACAGAUGGCCUAUCUUGGAUUCCUUCUUCUUCAGAUGCUGUUUACUCUUCUGAUGUUGCUUUGCAGCAAGGGUUUGAGUCAUCUUAUUCAGAUUAUGGUAUUCUGGAUGGUCUCUCAGCAUUCCAAUGUGCAGAAGAUAAAUCACUACCCUCGGUUGAUCCUUCAACUGCUCUAUGUGACAAUGAAUUCAAUGAUACAUACCUGUUCAGUGAGCAAAAGAAUGUAAACACAUAUGGAGAACAGAUCUACCAAGAGGAUGUGAUGGAGUUGUUGCCCACUGAACAAAUGUGCAAUGGACAUGGAAACAUUGAUAUGGUUGGAAAUCAGUUUUCAUCUGAAAAUGCCAUUCAAAGUAUCGAAGACAAGAAAUUUUCUAUAGCGUCAACUUCUCAGCUGAGCUCCUCUCAGAAUUUACUGAAGCAAAGGCACCACUUAGAUUCCAGUUCACCAAGCAACAUUACUUCUGAGUCCUAUCAAGAAAAAUUCAGUCCAUCUGGUGGUUCUUUUGCACAAAGGAAUUCAAAAGCGCAGAAGAAAACUGUGAGCAUACAACCAGGACAGCCUGCAAGCGAUAAUGUGGUGAACAGACAUCCUCAAACAUUGACAAGAAGAGCUUCAUAUCCUUGUGAGAACUAUGGAACUGAAGAAAAGGGGUUAGGGAAAAGAACUUUGGAGGAUCCUCAAGUUACAAUGGGCACUUCCAUGGUAGUGGAUGGCUCAUUUGUAUCAUCUAUGUCCUCUGAUAACUCAGAUGAAGAAAGCAGCUUUCGACAGCUGCAGGAUGCUGUUAGUCAGCUGGAUGUCCAAACCAAAUUGUGCAUUAGAGAUGGUUUGUACCGAUUGGCACGAAGCGCACAACAUAGGCAAGUUUUUCCAAAUACGAUGAACAGCAAUGGAGAUAGCCAGGAUGUAAAGGAUGCAGAAACUUCGCGCAAGUUUGCUGAUCCUCGGAGCAUUGAGACGCAGACCAACCCGAUCGACCGGUCUAUUGCUCUGCUACUUUUCCACCAGUCAUCGGACCAUGCGACUGGAGCUGUGGACGACGCCUCAUCACUAAAAUCCCGUGCUAGCAAAAAACGACACCAGGGCCCUGCUGGAAACCAAGGUGGGGUGCCAGCUUCAUCGUCGAUAUAUUCACCAAGAGGGCAGGGAGGGUCCAAGGAUGCACAAUCCCGGGACAAUUACUGAAUAUACGAUGCUUCUCUCUGGGACCGGGCGGGUUAAAGCCGCAUGGUGUGGGAGCUUCCAACGUUUGUGAUUGUUCAUAGUGUAAUAUUGUUGCAGACGUAUGGGGUCGUUCACAUGAUGUUUCUUAGCUAUGAUCUGUCAAGCAAGCUUAUUGUGUACCCAGUAGUCUCUAGUCAGCCCCAAUCACAUUGGUUUUGACAUGCGUGUACCCUAUCGUGAGGACUGCUGCUGCGGCCCUAGCAGUGUUCUGACUCACAUUUCGUGUAAUCUCAAACAUAGGUUUUUCCCCAGAAGAUUUACCUAUUCUUUGAAGUGCUCAA